CAAGAAGCGAGCUAAAAAAUGACGCCAUCCCAUCCCUCACCGCCCCCGGAUCUGCCCGAUCCCAACCGCCGCAUAACCAACCACGACCAAUUAAUUCAUCGUCAUCGCCAGUGUACACUGUACACUGUACACUGCAGACAGUCUUCAUUAAUUCUUUGAGAAAUACUUACUAGAUGCUUUUCAUAUGAACACCAAAUAUAACAUAGUUGAAUAGGUGCUGGCAUUGAUAGCUCCAUUGUUUCCGUCUCCCUCUCAUCCCAUCCCAUCCCAUCCUCCCAACGCCCUCAUCCCUUCCCCUGUCUGCCUGUAAACCAGCUCUCAGCAAUGGCCGGUGCUGAGAAUCCACACUCUGCUGGCGACAGCUCGUCGGACAAGUCGAAGAUCCUCCCGAGAAAGACGGUGUCCGGUAUCGAUAUCGAAGGCCACAAUCUGCCUCCCUCUCCCGCCCCCUCCAGUCCUUAUAACGGCCGGAGAUAUGCACUAGCUACGGAGCUAGUAUUUACAGAGGGCAAUGACCAGUUCAAUGCGAGCAGUGUGCCUAUCUACCAGAGUGCGACCUUCAAACAAACCUCCGGAGCUGGCGGCGGAGAAUAUGACUACACACGAUCCGGUAACCCCACACGAACACAUCUAGAGCGCCAUCUAGCGAAAAUUAUGUCCGCCCAACGAGCCCUGGUGGUAUCUUCUGGCAUGGCUGCCUUGGACGUGAUUACCCGCCUCCUUAUGCCAGGCGAUGAAGUCGUUACCGGCGACGAUUUAUACGGCGGCACACAUCGUCUUCUGAAAUAUCUAGCUGUCCAUGGUGGUAUCAUUGUUCACCACGUCGACACUACCCGGCCAGAGAAGGUGGCCGAAGUCUUGGGAGCCAAAACGAGGCUGAUUCUGCUAGAGACUCCCACAAACCCGUUAAUAAAGAUAGUUGACAUCCCGCGGAUCUCAGCACUGGCGCACGAGGCAAACCCCGAUGCCUUGGUCUCGGUCGACAACACCAUGCUCUCCCCGCUACUACUCAACCCGCUCGACCUAGGCGCCGAUAUAGUCUACGAAAGCGGAACCAAAUACCUAUCCGGCCACCAUGACUUGAUGGCCGGCGUGGUCGCAGUCAAUGACCUGUCGCUGGGCGAAAAACUAUACUUCACUGUCAACAGCUCUGGCUGCGGCCUGUCCCCCUUCGACUCCUGGCUGCUCCUGCGCGGCGUCAAAACGCUAAAAGUCCGCAUGGAGCAACAGCAAUCCAAUGCAGAGCGCAUUGCCGAGUUUCUCGAAAGCCAUGGCUUCCGCGUCAGAUACCCUGGCCUCAAAUCGCACCCGCAAUACGACCUCCAUCGCUCCAUGGCACGAGGCCCUGGUGCAGUGCUCUCGUUUGAAACGGGGGAUGUGAACAUCAGCGAGCGGAUUGUCGAGAAUGCGAAACUGUGGGCUAUCAGCGUCAGCUUUGGUUGCGUUAACAGCUUGAUUAGCAUGCCAUGCCGGAUGAGCCAUGCUAGCAUCGAUGCGAAGACGAGGAAGGAGAGGGACAUGCCUGAAGAUUUGAUUCGACUGUGUGUCGGCAUUGAGGAUGUGGAUGAUCUAAUUGAUGAUUUGAGAAGAGCGCUCGUCCAAGCCGGCGCUGUCACUGUAUCGCUAGACGACUUCCAAGCGGUCAAUCCGGUAUCAUCUCAAACAUGAAUGAGCCCUCGCACAUAGCAUGAAAAGGCGCGGCAUGAUAGCCCCAGCAUUGCCAUUGUAGACUUUCCCGUCCUCCCACCUUCCCCCUUCAGAGUUUCUUCUUUUAAUGAUUUUACCAUUUCACGCUUCACCACCCACAACGACUGUACAUAUAUCUACACAACUACAAGAUGAUCCGGCGAUAUUUUUGGGAGAAAUAUGGGUAAAUAAAAAAUGAUAGUUACAUAUAAAAAAGAGUUGUGUUAUGUCUAUCAAUAUAUGAAUAUUAUUUAACUUGGUCGUUUAUCGUCUUUUAUAUCAAGGUCAUGCUUGCCCAACUUACGACAUAUACGCUCGAGUGAGUCAGGAAUCAGGAUUGAUUCCUCUCUUACAGGCUGGUGCUACCCCUCUCCGCCUCAAGCCCUGGCUAAU